AUGUCUCAAAAGCUGUUUCUUCGACCAGGUAAAGCGAAGAGCUCCAAGGGCUCAAAGAGCCCAGGCAGCCCAGCUCCAAAGAGCAAAGAAAAAGAGCUGAAAGGAUCACCGUUGUCGACAACGCCGUUGUCGCCAAAGCGGCCCAACUCCAGGAACACCAGGCGAAGACCUGUGCCAAAGGCUUCCUGCAGAGUGACAACACCGCCGAGAUCUUCCUCCAGGACUCCUGAGCCACCAGGUCCAGUUGCUACUGCGGAGCUUUUCCUGGAGGUCUUCUUGGAACUAAAUGGAAGAGCCGAGGGCCAGGAGAUGCGCCUGGAGAUCCAAGUUUGUGAGAUGCCAUCCCGGUCGCGGUUGCGAUCGCUGCGCAUUACGAACAGGCAAGGCUCGGUGGGCAACGUUGUUCUGGAGGUACAUCGACUACGAAGGGCUGAGCUGUGCAUGGCUUUGGUAAAGGACACUCAUGAAAGUGACCGACCUCGUUUGGGAUGGGAUGAGAGCGAGGACUUCUCCAUCCUUAGCCCAGAUGGUCGGAGUGCAGAUGUUGCUAGUGCCCUACGUGUUCCGGUUUCGCAGUUUCUUGCUGCUUGUGCUGCAGGAGCUUCUUUGGAGUGGGAGGCAGACCCUACACGGUGUUUGGUGGUGCGCGGCAGUCUACUCCGUGCAGGCAAAGCUGUUGAGUACAUUCCUGGCCAACUCGGCAACAAGAGCGACACACCUACAAAGAGCCCCGAACCAGUAGGUGGUGGAUUUCAGGCAGCUCAAUUGUUGCGCCAAGAUCCUCCCAAAGAGGAGGAGGCUGCCUUUGUAAGUCGCUACAUUGGACGGGUGCUGCUACGCAGUUUCGGCAAGAUUCGGAAAAGAGAAGAACAGCUUGGCAGACCAGUGACACCGCUGACCGGCAAGCUGCAGCGGGGUAUCUAG